UUGUUGGGUCCUUUCAGGGUGGCGCGCGAGAUGCCAUGUGGCUCUGCUGGGUGCUUCUGGCAGUUCCACUGAGCGCGGAACGUUCACAGCUUUUCGAGGAGGUGCCCGAGGACGUGCCACUUCGCCAGGGCUUGGUGCAGCACUCACUGCAUGAGGAGGAGCCCUUUGCGCGUGACAAGGGGCAGGCGGUGAGCUUUCGUAGCGGCUUCACCCUGGGCCAACGCAGGGAGGUGAACUGCAGCCACGAGAAGGAGGUACUGAAACAGGUCCUCCAGAGCCUGGCGACGAUCAAUGAAACCCGCAACGGCGAGAACUUGGCGGAAGAUCACUGCACAUGGAAGGGCGACGACUUCAAUCUCACGUGCCAGGGCUGUGAGGUGAUUUCACUCGAGAUGAUUCCCGUUGCCAUCAGAUUCCUGAGGCAGGGGUGGCCAAAGCGGCGCAGGAAGCUGCUGAAGCCGGUGCUGCCGCCGAUGAUCGGUCAGCUGAAAGGCUUGCAGGAGCUGAAGCUAAGGUGGUACAAGGUCAGAGGAGACAUCUCCGUGCUGGCGCCGCUGGUGAGGCUCCGAAAGCUGGACAUUCAGAAGUCUUGGCUGACUGGCGACAUUUCGGCACUGAGCAACAUGACCCGGAUGGAGCUCUUGGACGUGACUGAGACCCAGGUCAGCGGUAGCAUGCAGGCCUUGGUCAAGAUGACGCAGCUCAGAGAUGUGUACUUUCGGAAGGCCAAGCAGGUGGAGGGGUCCUUGGAUCACUUCCGGGGACUCUCCAAGCUGCAGGAGCUGGUGCUGUGCCACACCCAGCUCUCAGGAGAUAUCAAGGUGACGAAGAACAUGCCAGACCUCUCCAAGAUCGACCUCGCCUUCACCGAUGUCGUGGGAGAUAUCGGUGUGUUCAAGGGAAAGCCUAAGAUUAACUUUAUCAACUUCAGGUCAGCCUUUGUCCAUGGGAACAUUGAGAUCGUAGACAGCCUGCCCGGCUUGACACACUUCGACGUGUGCCUGACCCAUUGUGAAGGGGACCUCCGGCACCUGAAGGCAGCGCCAGGCUUGAGGUAUGUGGACCUUACCUCGACGAGCGUCAGUGGUGACAUCGCGGUCUUUAAAGAUAUGAAGGGUUUAGAGUAUCUUCUUCUCUUCCGGGACGAGAUGGUCUCGGGGGACAUCCGAGUCUUUGAGAACACCCCGCGCUUGAAGAAGCUGGGGCUCAGGCUCACGAACGUCACCGGAGACAUCAAGGUCUUUCGGCACACUUCGCUCUUGGACAAGCUACAUGUGCGGAACACCCGGGUCUUCGGGGAUAUCAAGGUCUUCGAGGCGACCAGCAUGUUGAACAACGCAGAUCUCACCGACAGAUGCUCGGGGGACAUUCAGGUCUUUCAAACGCUGCGGAGACUGGAAAAGCUGGUGCUCAUGUCGCCCAAGGUCUACGGGGACAUCAAGGCCUUCGCGAAAUGUCCCAUCCUCGAGGAGUUGGAUCUCACGGAUGCGCCUGUCGCGGGCGACAUCAUGGUCUUCAACGCCCAGAAGAUGAAGCCUUCCCUUCGCAAGCUCUACUUGCCCCGGACGAAGGUCACGGGGGAUCUGCAAAACAUUAUCCACUGGCCGAAGAUCUUGGAUGUGGAAUUCAUGGGCACCGAGAUCUACGGCUCCAUCAGCCAGGCCUGGCGCGGCAAGCUCCGCGAGCUCAGGACUCUGAAGCUCUCCGCGAGCAAGGUCACCUUCCUGCCGAACAAAACGGAGCUGCUGGGGUUGAAGGAGUUGUGGUCGCGGCACUUGAGGAAGUCCAAGAAAAGCGGCAAGAGGGCGGAGGAGAAUAGAUUAAUGGCCAGGGAGCUGUUCCCUUCGCUGUCAGUGCUGGAUAUUUCCCGAUGCCCGGUGAACGGCACCUUCGAAGACCUGAUCACCAUCUUGGCCAGCUGCGUGCACUUGGCCUCCAUCAUCGCGCCGGACGCUGGCUUGCGGGGCACGAUCCCCAACCUCGCCACCAUGGAGGUCACGGUGAAUGGCAAGCCCUCGGUGCUUUGGCGGAGCCCGUUGACCACCUCCUUGCAGACCUUGGAUCUCUCGAACAACAACAUCAGCUUUGUGGAGCGAUUCCCAGACUCCAGCCAGGCGGUCAUCCUCAUGAACCAGCCCUCCCUGAAGAUCCAGCCGGGCGGGCUGAAGCGGGCGGUGCUGCGGGACCUCUACGUGGACCUGCGAGGUACCAAGCUGGCAGACCGCAGGGAGGCGUCCUGGCUGCUGAGCGAAGGGGUGCUGGAGAUCUCACGGCACAGGUCUAUGGGUGAGGCGAGUAAGAGCUUCAGCUGCUACGGUUUGGCCAACACCGCCCUACAGGUCACCAGCUCCAGGUUUGCCCCCGACGUGCUCUGUGCCUGUGCGGCGGGGUGGUAUGGGAGAGGCGUCGAUUGCCGGCUUUGCCCUCCCAACACCUACUCCCACGGCGGCAAUGCGACGGAGUGCAUGCCUUGCCCAGACAACAGCACAUCCCCCGAGGGUACCACAUCAGCAAAGCACUGCGAGUGUCACUACGGCAGCAUCUACCGGAAGACGAACGCCACCUCCGAACGCGAGAGGUGGGCCUGUGGCUGCCAAACCGGCUACGCGCAGAAAGAUGGCAACUGCGUGGACUGCGGGGAUCUGCAUUUGGACUGCUCCGCCUUUGGCCUGGACGCGGAAGUUGCUCUGCCGCGGCCCGGCUUUGCGCGCCUGCGGAAGGGUCAGACCGCCACCUACGAGUGCAUGCCGCCCAAGGAGCAGCGCUGCAACCUUGCCAACCAGUCAGGCCUCCAUAUACCGAAAGGUGGGCUCGGCUGCGCCGAAGGCUAUCGCGGUCCGCUCUGCGUGGAUUGCGAAGAUGGGUGGCACAUGGAUCGGGAGAUCUGCUUGAAGUGCAACAGCGAGCGCACGUGGCAGGAGAUCCUUCUGGUUUGGGCAAGCGGCUUUGCCAUCGUCGUGGGCAUUCUGGCGGGUGCCAUGUACUUCCGGAGGCAGAUCGCCGAGUCCCUGGUCGCGCAGCCCCACGCGGAGGGCACCGUGGGGGUGCUGACGCAGCACUUCUCCACCACGCUGCCCGUGCUGCUGGUGAUGUGCCAGCUAUGGGCCGUGGUGGCGGGCCUUGCGCGGACCCAGCACUUUGAGACCAGCGAGCCGGAGGCUGGGCACGCCGACGACGCUGACGGCUGGGAGGUGCAAUAUGUGGAGACGCUCCAACUGAGUGUUGUCGCCAUCCAGGACAGCCUGAAUUUGCAGUGUCUCUUCGACGGCGCCUUGGUGCGGUUGGGCUCCGCGCUGGCGUCGCCGCUGGUGCCGCUGCUGCUGCUGGCGCUCUGCGCGGUGCUGGAGCUCUUCGCGCGGUCCUAUGGCAUCGUGCUGUGCCUGCAGACGUUGACGGUCACUUUCGUGGGUGGGGCUUCCUCCUGCGCCUUCAUUUUGAGCUGCCACCAUGCCGACGGAGGUGGUGAGGAUCUGGGCGAGGGCGCGUUCCGGAAAAUCUUCCCCACGCUGCUCUGCAACGAGUCCAACACCUUGGUGCGGUACGUGGACGCAGUGGGAUGGACCGCCGCGCUGUCCUACGCCAUUUUCAUCCCCCUCUUUCUCCUGCGGAUCUUCUCGAAGCAGCACUACGCGCUCAGAUCCGGCAAGUCCUGCGCUGCCACCAGCGAGGACAACGGCAGAGAUCUCGUCGUGAGGUUGAUGAAUUUGCGCAACGCCAAGGACGCCUUGAAACUGGAGGGGGACAUGCUCACGAAGCGCUUGGUGGCUGCUGCGGUGGCGCACAUCUCAGUGCUGGUGGCUGGGCGGGUGGUCCUCAAGUUGGAAGACGAGAAAGCGGUGGUACGGAUGGUGGAGGGCAAGUCCCAUCGGGACAAGGGCACAGCUGACGCCGUGGAGCAGUACCUGGGCGAGCUGGACGAGCCAGGGCUGAUGUUCCACAUGGAAACCCUUCGGGCACAGACCAUUAUGCAAAUGCUCACGGAGCGCUGUCGCAUCCAGGAACUGGAGAGUCAGGAUCGAUUGCUUGCCGGGUCCAAGCAUGUGCUGUUCCAAUAUGCGCUCUGCUGCCAUGUCUGGAUGGAGGUGGUGCUGAAGCUGGUGGCGGUGGCGCUGGUCUCGGUGGUGAACUCGGAUGAGGGCCUCAAGCUGGCGCUGGCGGUGACCCUGGCCAUGGCCGCCAUGGUCUUCGCAGUGCAGCCCUACGCGCAGCCGCAGGCGAACAGCCUCACCAGCUUCUGCUUCCUAUGCUUGGCGGGGGCCUCGCUGGGCUUCAGCUUCCACCUCUCCUGGCUCAGCCGCUCGGCGCUGCUGGCGCCCUUUCUGCUUUGCGCCAAGCAGGCGCUGUGGCCUGACAGCCCAGAGGCCUUGGCGGUGCGGCUCUUUCAGGAGUUGGAGCCGAAGCUGGCAGAGCUGCAGCAGGGCGCGGAGGUGGAGCUGAGCGCAGAGAAGGUGAGCUUCCUUUGAGGAUCUGGUUCAACUUCCGGUGCCCAGCUUUGACCGGCCAAGCUCCGAAUCGUGAGGCCGCGAAAGCCGCGAGAGGUGCCAAGUGAGAUCCCCUUUGCUUGACAAACCUUGCUCGGAACUUGUCGAAUGGCACGUGCUGCAAGAGCUGACAUCGCUUGUUGGCGUGAGAGUACGUGAAGCGAGCGCGGCUUGGCUGGUAGCUGGCUCCGUCCGUGCACGCAUGUUAAUUAGCCAAAAACAAAGCCACCGUGCGAAGCACCUGUCCGCGUUCCGCUGAGCAACGUGACAAACUUUUAGUCUUGCAGCUA